AUGAAUUGGAAUAAAAGUUCAACUUUAUUCGUGGAUAUUACGUCAAGUACCAAUUUUUAUACGACGACAAGUAAUAAUUAUCAUAGUACUGUUAAAAUAUCAUUUGGCGAACAGUUAAAAAAUGCAAGUAAAUUAUUUCGAUUUUAUGCUAGUGUAUUUCUAAUUAUUAUCGGUAUGAUUGGAAGUAUUCUAUCUAUUAAAGUUUUUUCAUCCACAAAAAUUCGUCGUAACUCAUCAAAUGAAUAUUUAAUAACAAUGAGUUUUGUAGUGGCUCUAUUAUUAUUUAAUUUUUUCUGUGAUGAAAUAUUAAGAUCAAUUGUAAAUGAUUUUGGCGUUGAUUUACCAUUAAAUCUUGUUGAUUUAAGCAAAUUAUUAUGUAAAUCGUCGACCUAUUUACGGCAUGCUCUAAGGUUUGCUGCACAUUGGAUUGUUGUUGCAUUUACACUAGAACGUUUGAUCGUCGUUCAUUUCCCAUUACACACAUCUAUAUUAUGUACGCCUCGUUGUGCUAAACGUGUUUGUCUACUUAUUUUAAUUACGUCUUUUCUAUUACCAUUCUAUUCGUUCAUUAUGUCGGAUGUAAUUCCUGGCGAACAAAAUCAUCAAAAUUCAGAAUGUGAUAUCAUGAAAAAAUAUAAUCUAAUUUAUUUUUAUUUGACAAUUAUUUACGGUAAUUUAACAUUAACAUUUCCAAUAUUGAUCGUAUGUAUCGUCAAUAUUCUAAUUGUUCGACAAUUGUUAAAAGCAGCAAAUAUACGAAAACAAAAUAAAAGAUUACAAUAUGAAGAACCACAAUUAACUAGUAAUACACCAACAGCACUCGCUCGAACUAGUAAAUUGGAUAAAAGUAGUGUGGCAAAAAAUGAAUAUUAUCAAAGUAUUGUCAAAAAUCAAUUGGAAAACGAUAAAGUGACAUGGAUGCUCGUCGUUAUAUCAAUUACAUUUGCAAUAUUAAAUUUUCCCUAUUUUAUUCUAUGGUGUUAUAUUUGUGUCAUACGGGUUAGUGGUAAAAUUCCCACACCGUUUAUUGAAUCAGCUAAAUUGGUAUCCGAAGUACUCUAUCUACUCAAUUAUAGUUUAUAUUUUUUUCUCUAUGUUAUUUCUCGACGAAGUUUUCGAAAAGUAUUAGUGGAAAAAAUGCGCUGUCGUUGCGAUUGUUUUGAACAAUGGAGAUUGUAUGAGAUGAGAUCGGAUGCUCAUCAUCAUAAAACACAAAAGAAAAAUUCAAUAUCUCAACAACAGCAUUAUCAACAGCAAUUUAGUGAUACAAACACAACACAUCUCAUAUCGUCAAAUAAUAACUAUCAGCAUUAUCAUCAAUUACUAGCUAGGCGAAGUAACGAAGGUAAUGAAGAAAAAGCAACAAUGAUGUUGCUAGCUGAACGUGACCCAAAUAUGGAUAAAAUUGGGAGUAAUAACUAUAGCUUAGGAAAUAUUGUUUGA